CAGCUUUCUUACAUUUCUUAUUCCUAGGCUUUAUUUCUAUUUGGGCAUAAUUGGCAUCAUUCUUCUUUUCUUGUUUCCCAGUGCAUACACUUUACAUAGCAAGCUCAGCGUAGCAUUUGCAUCCUGUUACCGGUUGACGGAUACCCUUUUACUUCAUCUUCAAACCUACAAAUUCUCUCUUGGUAAUCGAGGAGAGUUAGAUUUUUUUUUCAGAAACAUUUUUUCACGCGGUUGGCAAGAGGACCCAAGGAUUGCUUCCGACCCACUGACCAAGUACCGGAGCAAGCACUACUAAUUACGACUUGCACUUUACCUGCGCAAGAUCCUCAAGCUCUUUUGGAAACUUCUUGCAGACCCUUUUUUCUAAUAUAUUUACAGAGUUCGUGAAGCAUCAAGGAAUAUGAACCCACCAUCAUUCACCGAUAACGCACCUGCCAGCGGUGAUUGCAUCGUUUGGACUGAAGAGAAGCCCGCGAUAACUUGGGAAUCAUCUCUGUGCCAAAACGGCGCGUCGCCGCUCGAUGAAAAAGCCAAAUCCCAGGUACUGGGGUACUAUUCCUCACUGCUGUCUCCAAUUGAAGAAGACCUACCACCAAAAUACGAUUCUCGGGACAGAAGGGGCCAACCACACAUUCUCCACUCACUUUUACACACAAUCCGCUUCAUUCUCCUGGACCACCUUGUGAUCAAAGUACUGGUAGUCUAUCUUUUGAUGGUCUACACCGCUGGCAACAGGUCUUUGCUUUCCCCUUUUGCACCAUCGAAUUGGUCGAACGACGAAGGACUCUUGAGGUCUCACAGCCGUGAUUUCCUAACCGUUGAUAUUUACGAACUGUACGAUGACACGGAUGCCUGGUCUAGGAGCAUCUUGGGCAGAGUUGGGUCUGACAGUCCUUUGUUGACAUACUCAGAGAUGGAAUUGGUGGGCCAAGUCGAAUGGGAAGUAGAACCAGAGAGAAACCCAGAUGAGGAAUUUGUCAUUGAAACCGAAUCAGCCGAAGAACAAGUGACUCCACCUCCAAAGGUCCCAAAGACGUUACCAUUACCCUUCCGCAGGCCGUCGCACGUCUUCAAUGAUCUACUUCGGCUCUACGACCAGGGCAAUCAUGGGUCAACGCAAUCCAGCGAUUCUAGGUCCCCACUUCAUGACACUCAAGAAUGAUAUGCCGGUGUUUUUCUCCUUCUAAUACCACAAAUGCUAGCCCAAAUUUGGCGGUGCUGGUUGUAACACGGACCUUUACUUUUCUUAAUCUCAAUUUUUUGAUAGACACAACACCAAAUUUCUUGAACCCUAUUUUUCUUGUUUGUUCGUGUAAACCCCUUUUCUUUUUUUUUCGCGUGUAGAACUUCUUAACAAUGCUCAACCAAGCGAUAAUCGGAAAUACAAGCCUCCCGACCCGAUUUCACCUUUCAAUUUGUAUCAAAACUCUUCUUUUAGGAAAACUUAAUUCUUCCAAAAAUAAA